CGCGCGCACUAAGCUGCCCUCGCGGGCUAUGCACAGCUGCGCCGGGCUCCGGGGCUGCACAGACGCGGGUCUCGGCGAUGCUCUAGCGCUCUCCGAAGGCCCAGCCGCCCCGCAACAUGGCCCGGCCGGUGCAGCUGGCGCCCGGGUCGCUGGCGCUGGCGCUGUGCCGGCUGGAAGCGCGGGAGGCGACGGAGGGCGCGGAGGAGCCGGGCGGGCGGGCAGUGUUCCGCGCCUUCCGCCGCGCCAACGCGCGCUGCUUCUGGAACUCGCGGCUGGCGCGCGCCGCCUCGCGGCUGGCCUUCCAGGGCUGGCUCCCGCGCGGGGCGCUGCUGGUGCUGCUGGUGCACGCGGCCCCCGCCAGCCUGCAGGUGCUGCGCGAUGCCUGGUGCCGCCGCGCGCUGCGCCCGCCGCCCGGCUACCGCAUCCGGGCCGUGGGUGAUGUAUUUCCAGUACAGAUGAAUCCAAUCACACAGUCUCAGUUUGUACCUUUGGCUGAGGUUCUCUGCUGUGCUAUAUCUGAUAUGAAUGGUGCUCAGACGGUCGUAACACAAGAAUCACUGUUGGAGCAUUUGAUGAAACAUUAUCCAGGCAUUGCAAUCCCAUCUCAAGAUAUUCUUUAUACCACGCUGGGAACUCUGAUUAAAGAAAGGAAGAUUUAUCAUACUGGAGAAGGAUACUUCAUAGUUACACCUCAGACUUACUUUAUCACAAAUACAGCCACCCAAGAAAAUAAGAGAAUCCUAGCAGAUGAAAAUUCCCCAGUGCCAACUCCCAUCACAUAUCUGGUCAGCAUGGAGAGCUGUGCAGAGUUCACCAGAGCAAAUGCCACCCCUGUUUCCCAUUGUCAGUCUUGUCAGUGUUUCCCUGAUGUGUGUGUCCAACAUAUAGAAGAAUCGCAGGCUGUGGCAGAAGUAACUAGAAAAGACCACAGAGGUCUUAGGGCGUCCAGAUCUGUGGUACAGAAUCAAGCAGUUUUAGUGUCUGAGGAGAAUCACACCUGUGAGACCACCAAGCCAUUAUCAUACUCAAAGGACAGAGAAAAAGGCAAGAAGUUUGGCUUUAGUCUCUUCUGGCGUAGUAUAUCCAGAAAGGAGAAACCCAGAACAGAGCACAGCAGUUUCUCUGCCCAGUUCCCACCAGAAGAAUGGCCUGUUCGAGAUGAAGAUAACUUAGACAAUAUCCCUCGAGACAUUGAACAGGAAAUAAUCAAGCGCAUCAAUCCCAUUCUUACUGUUGAUAACUUAAUCAAGCAUACAGUACUAAUGCAAAAAUAUGAAGAACAGAAAAAAUGUAAUAAUCAGGGCACGUCUACUGAUAUGCUGACUGCCAGACAUAAAUGUCCUUCAAGAGAGGGGGUGAAGCGAAGGCAGGGCUGCUCUACAAAGUCCCGAAGGAGGCGCCAUUCUCGUAGGGAUAGACACAAAUGCAGGAGUCCAGGAAGUGAGCCUCACCCAGCAGGCAGGAGAUUGGACAAAUACCCCAAGCACCCAGCGAUCCAACCCACUGCUAGAACUAAAACCUCCAGUGAAGCGGUAGUUCAGAAGCCACGUGGUGAAAAUCCACCAGCUCUAGAUUCCCAUUUGAUUUAUAAAAGAAGGAUCAGUAAUCCUUUUCAAGGUUUGUCCCAUAGAGGUGGCCCCAUAACCAAAGGACAGAAUAUCCAGGAGACCAGUGAACUGAAACCCUGUCAGAUUAGACUAAAGGGAAAAUCUUUCCAAGGGUCAAAGUCUUUGAAUUCCCCAAGAAUCAUCAAGAGUGAAGUCAGACAGCCGUAUGUUGAACAAUGUGAAAUGAAUGCCAAGUCUGUUUAUAUGACUAACUCUACUUCUACUGUCCUGCCCGUCACUGAUGACUUUAGAGAUAAUCUCUUAAAUGAUCCCCAAUGUAGUCUUUUGCAAAAUGAUAGUAAGUGCUGUUCUUUUAGGGAGAACUUGUUGACGUAUGUGUGUGGUGGAAAAUAUGAGGUGAUCCCUGACGUCUCAAGGAAAUGUUAUAAUCCUUUUGGCACUUCAAGAGAGACAAAAGAAACACAGCAUCUCCUGUCUCCACAAGGCUCCUCCCACUUGGGCCAGACAUCUUCUGUUUGUAGACUAGUUGAUGAAACAGUACACCAGUUUAAAAAUCUUGGCCUUUUGGAUUAUCCGGUUGCUGCAAACUAUGUGAGACAACCUGAGAGCCAAGACAGAGACUCAAAGGAUGAACUAAUGACAACGACAUGUGCCCAGGAGGUGGCCACUCUGAGUCUAGAAGGCAAGGGGCUCUCUGAUGAUGACCAGAGCUUGUGUCAGAAUGAAGCAGAGGAUGAUGAGGGCGCCUCCAGUUCAUUAUAUCUGGAUGAAGACUUUUCAGAGAAUGAUGACUUAUGUCAGAUGCUGCCUGGCCACAUUCAGUAUUCCUUCACAGAUGGAAGGAAGAGCAAUUAUUUGGGGCAACAGAAGGUGACUGAGAGGUCUCUGAUUGAGCACAACAGCAAAGUACGUGGUUUGGAGCGGCAGGUCCUUCAAGAAAAUGAAUGUUACACACCUGCUGGGUUGCUCAUUACCCCAGGUGAAUGUCAGAAAACUGGUCUCUCUGCAGAAAGCUCCAGCCUCAGUGUGAAGACUCAGCCUAGCUGGAUCUGCGAGGAGGAGCCCAGCGUUGCGAAAUGUACGCCGGCCUCAGUGCCUGCUGCUGGACGUGCAUUUGAUUACUAUAGCACGAGGAAAGCCAGUCCUGAGGCUAACGCUCUACAAGGUACUGUUGGUGACUUAGGAAGGAAACCAGCCAGCUGGAGUCAGAAUCCUCAGGAUCAGGAGAUCAAACAACAGUUUACCCCACAGUUAGAGCUUUUCAGCACCUCAGACAUGCCGGUGUUGGAUCGGGAUAUCCAGCGUGAACACUGUCAUUUGGAAGGAACAGAACAUCAUAGCUUGACAGGAGACAGUGGGAUAGAUUCUCCAAGGACACAGAGUCUCACAUCUAAUAAGUCAAUCAUUUUGGAUGGACUGAAAAGAAGAACGAAUUUUCUGCAAAACUUUGAAGACACAAAAAGCAGUCAGACACUCACACCCAAUUCCUUACUACAACUAACUCCAGUCAUAAAUCUUUAGUUUCCCCAGAAGUUUCUUUUUGGAAAUGUUUGCAAAAAUGUACAGCAUUCAUAAAAAAAUGUUUUGUUCAAUUGGAUAUUUAAAAAUUAGCACCCACCAAGUAUACAUAUGUUGUUGCCUCAUUACAGAUUUGUCCUAGUAACAUUUGUUCUUUUUAAAAAAUAAUAAUAUUAAAAGCUUUUCUAGUGGUUCGGGAGGUGGCACAGUGGAUAAAGCAUUGGACUCUCAAGCAGCAGGACCCAAGUUCAAUCCCCGGCAGCACAUGUACCGGAGUGAUGUCUGGUUCUUUUUUUCUCUCUUGCUAUCUUUCUCAUUAAUGAAUAAACAAAAUAUUUUUUUAAAAAAGCUUUUCUAAAGCUUAUUUUACUAUGAAUUUCUUGUAAAUAUAUUGUUUGCAAUAAAAACAAGGACUUAUUUGACCUCUUUCUGAUUAAAUGUAAUGCCCAGACAUUCAGUAGUUUCUAAAUAUGUGAUACUAAUAAAAAAAUACUGAUUUACUA